AUGGGGGGCUCAAUGUCCAAGAUGAUGAACAAGCUCUUCGGCUCAAGAGAAAUGCGCCUGCUGAUGCUGGGGUUGGAUGCUGCCGGGAAGACAACAAUCAUCUACAAGCUCAAAAUGAACUCCGACGUAACCACCAUUCCUACCGUUGGCUUCAACGUCGAAACCCUGACCUACAAGAAUGUGAAAUUCAACGUCUGGGAUGUGGGUGGACAAGAUAAGAUCCGGCCUCUCUGGCGGCAUUACUUCUCUGGAACUCAGGGGUUGAUUUUCGUGGUGGACUCGACUGAUAAGCAGAGGAUGCAGGAGGCGAAGCAGGAACUGCAUCGAAUUAUUCUGGAUAGGGAGAUGAAGGAUAGCCUGCUCCUGGUGUUCGCCAACAAGCAGGACAUGAAAGGAGCACUGUCACCACAGGAAGUGCAAGAGGAGCUCAAGCUGAGUCAGUUGAAAGACAAGACCUGGUAUGUUGUGCCGAGUUGCGCGACAAGUGGGGAGGGUCUGUUUGAGGGACUGGUAGGCCGCGUGAUUUCCUGCUUGUGA